AGAUAUCUUCUUUUGUAUUCGUAUUUCGGCCACGUGAGCAUCACAGGUACUCACACGAUGCUGAGGUAUUACCGUGCAGCGCGGCCAGCGACGGCAUUGAAGCUGCGCGCGUCGUCGCUUCUCCUCUCUACCCACUCCGGUUCCAACACACGCUUCUACCGCACCAUUCCAGCAACGGACACAACCGUGUCCACGGCGGCUGCCUCCGUGAACGGACCCUCACUUUCUGGGAUGCCAAGUGAGGCACCUCCGCAGACCUACUUCGAGUACCUGGACCGCAUGUGGAACGCAAAGUGGUUCGGCACGGUGGAUGAGCACACCCUUGCCGCGGCCACCACGCACGCCGCCGUCAGCGACCCGUCGUGGUUCGCACAUGCCUUCACCGCGUGUCAGCAUGCUCUCGGCAUGGAAGCCGGAGUACUCAUUUUCCUUGUGGGAGCCGCCACACGCCUGGGCACGCUCUUCGUCUCGCUCUACGGCGAACGCGCAGGCGAACGGAUGCGCUUGGCGCUGCCGGAACUCAAGAAACCGCAAGAAGACUUUAAUCGCAUCUACUACAACGAUCUUGCCUCUGCCAUGGAGGUGCAGGUGGCGGCGAGUGAGUUGAAGAGCCACCGCCGCGCCAUCUUUCGCAAAUACAACACAUCGGUGUGGAAAUGUGCCGCCUCGCUUGCCAUGGCGCCGGUGAUCAUGACGGGUCUUUAUCAGGUGUCCGCCCUGUGCGAGAACGCAGCGUUCGAUGUGGGCAGCUCCUCCUUUCUCUGGUGCGGUGCCCUGACGCUGCCCGACCCUUUUAUGAUCCUCCCGAUCACCACGUGCGCUGUUACGCUGCUCAACUUCGAGUUGUCGAUAUCGAAGGAAAUCAAGAAAGGGUGGAUGAAGAACAUUAUCUGGGGGGCCCGCCUCGGCUGCCUUUGCAUCAUCCCGGUCUUCACUUCCUUUCGCUCAGGCGUGUGCCUGUACUUUAUUGGCAUGAACGUGGUGGGUCUUCUGCAGCCGCUGCUGCUGCGCUCGGUGGCGUUCCGCAGGUGGUUCGGCUUCCCCGCCGCAGAGGAGCUCACCGCAGUGGGGCCGUCGGCCACCCAGUCCUCGCACACUCCAGGGAGUUCAGUAAGCGCGACGAAGCUGUCGCCAAAGCAAAGCGGCUUCAAUCGUGCCACGUCGCUGCGUGAACGCGUCGCAGCCGCGGUGAACCCGACCGGCCCCACGCAAGAUGUGCUGCAAGCCAGCAUGACGCUGCAAUUCCCGUAUCUGAGUCACCUGUUGAGCCCGCAGGUCGACGAAAACGAGGAGAUUUUUGCCAAAGCGCGAAAUAAGCAAUCAAAGGCGGACGUUGGCCGGAGAGGCCCCAUCACCUCGCCUUCUCCCUCUUCACCGGCAGCCAGUCGCUACGCACGAGGAACGAACCCGCUCAUGCGCGAAACGCCAGUUCGUCGCCAGGACGGUGCAGGUUUGGAUGCUACGGCUACUGCCAGCAGUGGGCCAAGUCGGAGCACGUCUUAUCAUGGAGAAGUCAGCCAUCACCGCACAGCAGCAUCGAACGUCGCGGGCAGUGCAGCUCGUAGCACCCCGAAGAGCAAAGGUUCGUCGUUUGCCUCGAGUGGGUGGAAAAGUUCGCAGCUCACCUUUGACGAGAGCGAUUUUAUUCCCACCUACGAUGACAAGGAUGCUUCUUCGCCCCCAACAAAGCGCAGGUGA